CUACAACAAGAUACCCGGGCAGAGCAGGUACAACAGUUAAGAGGGCACUGCGCAGGGCACGAUACCAGGCAGGGCAGUAGCGCAGGGCAGGAGACCAGGCAGGACAAGGUAAUAAUACCAGGCAGGACAGGGCAGUAGGCAGGGCAGGAAACCAGGCAGGACAGGGUAUUAAUACCAGGCAGGACAGGGCAGUAACUGAGGGCAGCAGAGUGGGCAAAGCGGUGGAGCAGAGCGCAGGAGGCGGGCAGUGGCACAGCGUGGCACGGAAGAGAGUAGCAGGGAGCUCGGCGGCAUGUACUCCAACAGGUUCGAGGGACCCAGGAGAGGGCGAUCCUUCGAGUCUGUGAACUCCGGAAUGGACGAGAAGCACCUGAAUAAUGAGAUCAACAAGUCAAAUUUCAGUAAAAUUGAAGAGAAUAAGGAGAAUAAAGAGAAUUGCAAUGUGUCUGUAGAACGGGGGCGAGUUGCUGUGGUCUUCUCACUCAAAAAUGAAGUUGGAGGGCUUGCGAAAGCACUGAAACUCUUCCAGGAAAAACACGUGAACCUAGUUCACAUUGAGUCUCGAAAGUCUAAGCGAAGGAAUUCUGAGUUUGAGAUUUUCUUGGACUGUGACAGUAACAGAGAACAACUCAAUGAAAUCAUCCAAAUUUUGAAAAGUCAUGUUAAUGUGGUAACCCUGAACCCACCUGACAACUCCUAUGCACAAAGUGGUGAUGUACAAAUUUAUUGCCUUAAUGUUGAUGACAUGGAAGCUGUUCCUUGGUUUCCGAAGAAGAUUUCUGAUCUGGACAAGUGUGCGAACCGGGUGCUAAUGUAUGGCUCAGACCUGGAUGCAGAUCAUCCGGGAUUCAAAGACAAUGUCUAUCGCAAAAGGAGAAAAUAUUUUGCAGAUCUGGCCAUGGAGUACAAAUAUGGUGACCCUAUUCCACAGGUAGAAUUCACAGAGGAAGAAGUGAAAACAUGGGGCACAGUUUUCCGAGAACUGACCAAGCUAUACCCAACCCAUGCCUGCAGAGAAUAUUUGAAGAAUUUGCCUCUGCUGACAAAGUACUGUGGCUAUAGGGAAGAUAAUAUUCCUCAGUUGGAGGAUGUUUCCAGGUUCCUAAAGGAAAGGACUGGGUUCACUAUACGACCAGUAGCUGGUUAUCUGUCUCCCCGGGAUUUUCUGGCUGGUCUGGCAUUUCGGGUGUUCCAUUGUACUCAAUAUGUGAGACACAGCUCGGAUCCACUCUACACCCCUGAACCUGACACAUGCCAUGAGCUGAUGGGACACGUUCCUCUUCUGGCUGAACCAAGUUUUGCUCAGUUUUCUCAGGAGAUUGGCUUGGCUUCUCUGGGAGCUUCUGAUGAAGCAGUUCAGAAACUAGCCACAUGCUACUUUUUUACUGUGGAAUUUGGUCUAUGUAAGCAAGAUGGUCAACUCAGAGUCUAUGGAGCUGGUCUGCUGUCUUCUGUCAGUGAACUGAAGUACUCACUCUCAGGAAAUUCCAAGGUGAAGCCUUUUGACCCAAAAGUCACUUGCAAGCAGGAGUGUCUCAUCACCACAUUCCAAGAUGUCUAUUUUGUUUCAGAAAGUUUUGAAGAUGCCAAAGAGAAGAUGAGGGAAUUUGCAAAGACCAUCAAGCGCCCAUUCAGUGUGAGAUACAAUCCAUACACACAGACUGUGGAAGUUCUGAAGGACACCAAGAGCAUCACAAAUAUUGUGAAGGAACUUCGACAGGAGCUCGAUAUUGUUUCAGAUGCCCUCAGCAGGAUCAACAAGCAAUAUGGCAUCUAACCCUAACCUGUCGCUGCUCCAUCCCUCACCCCUGUUGCAAGUUCGUACCUGGUUAUUAUUCUUAAGGCAUGAUUAGAUAAUAUCCUGAACAAUUAACCAAACAUUAACCUGCAAAAGUACAAACGGUGACAGCAUAUAUAAAAAAACAGACUGGUUCAAAACUAGGUCAUGCUGACAUAGUCUGCAUUUGGAAAACUAGCAUCCUAUACAUGCAGACACUGAUCCUUGUUCAAGCUGCUAUCUUUUAAGAAAUCUCAAUACUGAAUCAGGUAUCCAGGCUGUGGACAUUGUAGCCAGGUCUGUCAGGCUCUGACAGAAGGCCACAGUACUGAAACAUUAGCUCUGUUUCUCUCUGCACAGAUACUGCCAGAGUGGCUGAGCGUUCUCAACUUUUUCCAUUGUUUAUUUCAGGUUUCCAGUACUGUAUUUCUGUGUUCUGUCAGGCAAUUCUCCAUUCCCUAGCAAGGCUCAGAGUAGGCAAUUACAAUUCUCAAAUACUUGUUUGACAAUUUCCAUUAUUCACAUUGUUUGACCGGCGGGAGCAUUGUAGAGAGCCAUUUACAAAAUAAAAACCCCACAUUCUUCAUUUAUUCAUUGAUUGUAAUUAAAAGAAUGUAGAUAAAUGGUCUCCUUUGUGAACAUGACAGAAUUCCUGUGGAACAUUGCUCAUUUGAAAGUUCCAUGAACAGAAAAAAGCAGACUAAAUGGAUGUCCAUUACCUAUCAGAAGAAAAACCCUCAUACCUGCAGUUCCAAGAAUUUGAAAUUAAAAUCUGUCAAGGAUUAGCCAAAUAUUUGGGUCUGCUGCACUGACAAGUAAUCUUCAUUGAAAUAAAUUAACUGUUAAGGAGUUUGGAUCAUUUAGAUCCUGACUUUUCUUUAAAAUAAGGUAGACUAGUAUUGCCAGAGAGCAGAAAAAUAAAGUCAUGAAGAAGAUCCAGAAGAAACUCCUCUGUGAAAACUUUUAUUUGUGAUAAUGAAUCAGAAGAGAGAGAAAUUUAGAUUUUCUGCUUUUGCUGAAUCAGAAAUGUCAAUGACAGGGUGAAAAUUCUGACCCCCACAAGUUCCUGCCAGGAUAUUUUUGGGGGUGAAAGGGGUUAAUUCAGCUUUCAGGCCUUUGCUGGUCUGUUUACCUGGUGUAAUGAUCCAUCCUGAUGGAAUGCAAAGGGGUUCCAUUCCUUUUAUUUCUUAACCCUUGGUACCUACCCGCAUGAAUACUGGACUCCAGGAAUAAGCAGGUAUUGCUGCCUUCAGCUGCUGCUGAGAACAAUUGAAGAAAAUGCCACAUGACAAAUUCCUGUAAUUUGUGUGUAAUUAUGGGGAAGGUAUAACUUACGCCCAAUUACAUUGCUGGUAGUGGUCAAACGGGGAACCAAUGGAGCAGAAUGUCAAGGUUAGAAUCUACAGGAUGUCACAUGAAAUAUCCAGUGGGCAUACGCUGGGCUGUGAAACUUGGAAUAUUGGUACAUUGGUGGUAGACCUCUUAUAUAUUCUGGAGACUAGUCUUGCAAUAAUUUACAAUUGGAGGAUUGUCUGAUGAUAGUUGAAGGUGCAGAAUAUAAUCCAGCAGCUGGCUUCAGGUAUAAUGAUCAUGUCAUGAAGAGACUGCAUGACUGUUGUCCCUCUGGUACAAUGAUGUACCCUAUCCAUGCUCACUGAGUUUUGCAGGUUAAUGUUGGCAGUUGCUGACUAGUCUAGAAUGUUUGCUGAAAUCCCGUUGUCUUGCAAUAGUUGUCACCCUGAAGAUUUUGAAGCUGCUGUGUGAAUGGCUUUCAUAUUCCCUGACUGUCAGCUGUAGUAUUUGCGUACUGAUUGUUGUGUUUCUACAUGCAUUCGCCAUGACCAGUAAUGCUUUUGCUCAGAAAAUCAUUGUUUUAAAGUAACCAAAACUUUCAGUUCUUGCGUUGGAGGGUGGCACUUUGGAGAAAUAACAUUGGAGUAUGUGUUCAGUUCUAAGAGUCCAUUUAUUAGCUGGAUGAAAGCUGAGAUAAUUGUAAUUGAACAGUUUUUAAAAAAGAAUAUAGUGUUGAAUCUGAAUUUGGUUAACAUUCACAAAGGGAAAGUGCUUUUGAAUUAAGAUCCAGAUGGAAGGGAAAGGGGUUGCUAAUGAGUACGGCUGUUUUAGGCUAGCACUAUGCAUAGAAUUUGGGACUAAAUGAAACUGGGAUUAUGCAGGAAGAGACCAUACCUUCAGUUUAUGUGUAAUGGAUAUUAAUAGCCUAACAAGGACAAGUUACAUUUCAUCCCAUGUAGGCACAGUUUUCAACUUUACAACUCUUGCUAGAUUCUAAUUUUAGAUUCUAAUUCUAGAUUUUAAAUGCGCUUGUCCUUGUGCCAAAUUAUUUGCCCAAUACGCUUAUGUUUCACUAAUAAAGAUCAGAUUUACCCUAUAAAGCUGUUGUGUGCAAUGGCUGAGCCUAACUCAAUGUACUGUAGUUUUGUUUCCACUUUUUGGGAGUGGUCAUGUGA